AUGAAGCCACCCACAUCCUCCUUGCUGAGGUUCCUCUUCCUCCUGGCUGCUCCGCUUGUCUCUCAGGCUGCCUCCGAUUCUUCUGCUCCGAAUGAUGCCCUCUCUCCCUGCGUCGUUCGCUCUCCCACGACCGGCCUAUUCUACGAUCUCAACACCAUCUCCUUAUCUCCGCCCCCAGUAGACGGGGACAAACCUCGCAAAGGCGCCCGAGACGAGAGUUGGCACGCCAGAGGACACGACUACAAUGCCAACUUUACGUUAAAUAUCUGUGCGCCCGUGGUCGAAGAUAUCAAGGAUGUGGUGGGAGUGGACCGCGCAAGGUGGAGGAAUGUUAGCGCCUACUACAAGAGGGAGGGUAAAGUCUACUCCAUUGGUCAACAAGCAUCAGACCCCUUCUUCCGCGGCCGAAAGCUGGUUAUGAACUAUACCAAUGGCUCCCCUUGUGCCGGCGACUAUAUCGGAAAUGCCGCCCGCACCAAAUCCACCAUCAUGUCGUUCCUUUGUGAGCGCGAUACCCCUGCCUCUCAGGCGACAGUCUCCUUUGUCGGCACCAUGGACCAGUGCACAUACUUUUUCGAGGUUCGAAGCUCUGCCGCUUGUGGCGCGACCGCGCCCACACCGGAUAACCCGGGUCUUUCGCCAGCCGGCGUUUUCGGCGUAAUUGCCUUGAUUGCCGUGGCGGCCUACCUGGUCGGUGGUUGCGCAUACCAACGAACUGUCAUGCACCAGCGCGGUUGGAGACAGUGCCCGAACUACAGUCUUUGGGCGGGAAUGCUUGACUUCAUCAAAGUAAGUAUACUGGCGUUAAUCCCGUUCCGACGUCAUUGCUCGUGCAGGCCUAGCAAAGACGACAUGAUCAUCAUCCUCUUCUCCUCCCUAGCCCGCCUCCUCCGCUUAAAACGCUCCCCGACUCUCGGCCACGGCCACACCCGCGGUAACAGCGUCAACCACCGCGGCAGUUUCGGCCGUCGAGGCAGUGACGUGGAUGCCGAAAAUCGACUGAUAGAUCAGUUAGAUGAGGAGUGGGAGGAUUAA